AGCGGCAACCAAGGGAGCCAACCCGAUCACGUUGCUCCCGCGGCAGACUAGCCCCACGACGUCCACCUCGGCCAUUCGCGUUCCCGUGGACUCCCGACUCCUCCCUCGCUGCAGCAUCCCCCUUCCUCCAGCAGUGGUCGGGUCGCCGGGGCAAGUAGAGCAGCCGGAGGGCCAUCGGAUCCGCCGCCCCCGCCAAGAUGAACGACACCGAUGUCGCCAAGCAGAUCCAGCAGAUGGUGCGGUUCAUUCGCCAGGAGGCCGACGAGAAGGCCAGCGAGAUCUCCGUCUCCGCCGAGGAGGAGUUCAACAUUGAGAAGUUGCAGCUUGUAGAAGCUGAGAAAAAGAAGAUUAGGCAAGAGUAUGAACGGAAAGAGAAGCAGGUUGAUGUUCGGAAGAAAAUUGAGUACUCUAUGCAGCUGAAUGCUUCUCGCAUCAAAGUUCUUCAAGCUCAGGAUGAUUUGGUUAACAAAAUGAAAGAGGAUGCCAUGAAGGAAGUACUCCUUGUCAGCCAAAACCACCAUGAAUACAAGAACCUUUUAAAAGAGCUCAUUGUUCAGGGCUUGCUUCGGUUGAAAGAACCAGCUGUAUUGCUCCGUUGCCGUAAGGAAGAUCACCAUCAUGUGGAAUCAGUACUGCAUUCAGCGAAGCAUGAGUAUGCAUCAAAAGCAGAUGUCCAUGAGCCAGAGAUACUUGUUGACCACAAUGUGUACCUGCCAUCUGCUCCAAGCCAUCAUGAUUCUCAUGUCCAGUUUUGCUCCGGAGGUGUUGUGCUGGCUUCUCGAGAUGGAAAGAUUGUGUGUGAGAAUACACUUGAUGCAAGGCUGGAAGUUGUCUUCCGCAAGAAGUUACCCGAGAUCCGCAAGCUUCUUUUUGUUCAGAGUGUGGCCUAAUCCUUUCUUGCUACUCAGUGAUGGUACAGCUGCUGCUAUGUAAUGGCUCUGCUGGUUCCACCGCUGCAUCUGUAAGGAGUUCCGCCUGUUUUUGCCAAAUUGAUUGUUUAAAGUAUUCAUCGUCUAUGUACAAACUACCUAAUUGUUCAUUAUUAUCGCUGAGCACCAACUAUUUGCACUCUGUUUGCUCUGAGGAAUAAGAAUAAAGCACCGCCGAACUUCCUUUUGCGAAGCUCAA